AUGCCUCAAGGCCACCACAGAGCUCCAGGCACCGGCAUUAAGACAGGCGGAGCACUUAACCGGAUCCUGACAUCCAGUGAGUCAGUGUCCAACCUCUCCGACCCAGAUUCCACGAAGAAGAACAGAAGGGAGCUAAGGCUGGGAGACCGAGUGCUGGUUGGUGGUACCAAGGCAGGAGUGGUGAGGUUUCUCGGAGAGACAGACUUUGCUAAGGGAGACUGGUGUGGAGUCGAACUAGAUGAACCUCUAGGCAAGAAUGAUGGCGCUGUAGCUGGAACCAGGUACUUCCAGUGCAUGCCCAGGUAUGGCCUGUUUGCUCCAGUUCACAAGGUGACCCGAAUUGGCUUCCCCUGUACCACCCCUACCAAGGCAAAGAGCUCACGGAGGAGGUCCAUUCUCAAAAGAAGCCCCAGCGCUUCCUCCAUCAGCUCCAUCAGCUCCGCCACCUCCUCAAUCAGUGGGAAACCCAGCCGAGCAGGACUGCUGACAGAAACGUCAGCUCGGUACGCUCGUAAGAUUUCAGGCACCACAGCCCUGCAGGAGGCUCUGAAGGAGAAGCAGCAGCACAUCGAGCAGCUGCUGGCAGAGAGGGACCUGGAGAGGUGCGAGGUGGCAAAAGCAACCAGCCAUGCAGGAGAGGUGCAGCAGGAGCUGACUCUGCUGAGGAAAUGCCGGGAUCAGUACGCAGUGGAGAUGGAGGCCAAGAUGGAUCAGCUGCGGUCGAUGGUAGAAGCAGCAGAUAGAGACAAAGUGGAGCUGCUCAACCAGCUGGAGGAGGAGAAGAGGAAAGUGGAGGACCUACAGUUUCGAGUAGAAGAGGCAUGCAUCACCAAGGGAGACCUCGAGACGCAGACCAGGCUGGAGCAUGUCCACAUAAAGGAGCUUGAGCAGAGCCUGCUCUUUGAAAAGACCAAAGCUGAAAAACUCCAGAGGGAUUUAGAGGACACUAGGGUGGCCACAGUGUCUGAGCGCUCCAGGAUAAUGGAGCUAGAGAGGGAGGUGGCAGAUCUCCAGCUCAGGCUCCGGGCGUCCCAGCAGAAGGAGGAUGCUGUGUCUCUGUCACAGCAACAAAUCAGCAGCCUCAAGGCACAGGUUCAGUCUCAGGAGAAGAAGAUCAGUGAGCUGAGUGUUGACCAGGAGAGCAAGCAGAAAGAGCUUCAGUCUGUACAGAAGGAUAAGACGUCUUUGGAACAACAGCUAACCAGUCUGAGAGAAAAACUUGAGACAGCUGAGGAGGAGAACAGGAAAGCAGCAAAGACAAUGCAAGGAUUGGAGCAGAUUGUGGAGCGUUCAACGAAAGACUACCAGACCCUGAAGGAGGAGAAUCAUUCCAGGGAGAAAGAGCUGAGAGCCCAGCUGACACAGGCCACUGAAAAGUCAGAGAGGUUGGCCUUUUCGCUGGAGCAGUUGACCCUUGACAAUAGGACACUGGAGACACAGCUUGAGGCUUUGAAACAGCAGAACUCCAAAUAUCAGGAAGAGCUCAGUCUGUCAAAAGAGGGGAGCAGCUCAGAAAACCAGCGUAUUGGCAUCCUCUGCAAGGAAAUUGAGGAGCUGAAGCUGGCAUCCCACAAGUCUCAGCAUCCUGAUGAGCACAACGAGGAUCACAGCUGUCAGCAGCCAGACAUGAAGACCAGAGAAAUUGUCUCAAAUGUCGAAUCAGAGGGGGACACAAACUUCCAGAAAUCCACUGGAGCCUUAAUCUCAGACAAAGACCGGGAAUUAGAAACUCUGAGGAAUGAGAUCGCGGUGCUGCGAGGAGAAAACGCCAUGGCCAAGACCCUGCAGUCGGCCGUGGAAACGCUAGAGAGAGACAAAGCUCAGCUGCAGAGCCGCGUUCACAGUCUAGAGCAAAGGCUUAUGGGAGCACAAGCCUCGGAGGAAGGAGACAAGGAACUCCCACCCUCUGGUGAUGCAGCUCUGGAGCAGCUGAGGGAAGAGAAGGAGUUUGCAGAGGGACAGAUCAACUUCCUGAAUAGUGUGAUUGUGGACCUGCAGCGGAAGAACGAGGAGCUGAAGAUCAAAUUGAAGAAGCUUGCUUUGUCUGAGUUCAAUGGUAACGACGGGACUGAUGGGUUUGAUGAAGGCAUAUCAAAGCGAGAGAAGAAGGCAACCCCGCGUCUCUUCUGUGACAUCUGUGACUGCUUUGACCUCCACGACACAGAGGACUGCCCCACUCAGGCUCAGAGCCCCGACUCUGUACCUCACACCACCUACCAUGGCAACCCUGCCGUUGAAAGGCCCUACUGUGAUAUCUGCGAGGCCUUCGGACAUGCCACAGAGUCCUGCAAUGAUGAUCAGACCUUCUAGAGGCUCCAGGUGUUUUAUUCUCCUUCCCCUUCCUUUUGCUUCCUCGCCUUAGUAAGUUCAGUUACCACCGUUUCCUCUCCUGUUCUUUUUUCCCCACAGUCCAACCCAACAUGUCUGAAUAUAGCCGCUGCAAAUUUUUCCAUAAUGUAUUUUUAUACCGUAUUUAUGCAUAUCAGAAGUAGACACUGUCCUGGUCUGAAUCCUUUACUCUGCAGCUCCAUUCUGUGUCAUGAAGAAUGCUCGUCCAAAUACUGUAUGCUGCUUUGGUGCAAUAUUGAUGUUAAUAACAAAAGGAAUCCGUCCUCUGCACUUGU